AUGGAGAACAUCUACAGCAACACUGACUUUAAACUCUCAAAUAUGAAUAUAGAAGGGGAAUGUUCCGAUUUUGCAGAAUCUGGGAAUGGUGAUGAUGAUUAUGAAAAUGUCGAGGAGAUGGAUGGACGUCCAACAGCCAGCAUUCACACAGAUGUUUCUAAUUGUGCUGAGUGGAAAAUUAAAGAGAAAGAAUACACUUCAUCAAAAAGAAAAGUGAAGUCUCUCAUGGCGACCCUCAUCCUGCUCCUGCUUGGUGCUUUAACUGCACUCAGUUUUCUGACCGUCCUUUAUUUCAGUGAGUCAGUCUCACAUGAUAGAGUUAGUGAGCAGUACACCAACGCUACAGCUUUACUGAAGAUGCAAGAAAAUGAAACUACAGAAUUAAAAUCAAGUUUGGAUAAAGUUCAAGAGAGCUACGAGGGUGCAUCAAAACAACGUGAAGAAUUAAGAUCGAAUUUGGAAAAAGUUCAAGUGAGUUACGAAGCUGCAUCAAAACAACUGGACUCAUUAAAAGCUAAAGAGCGAGUGUAUAAACAGCUGGAGGAGAAAUAUCAGCGCAUCCAUGAGGUCCUUUCUAAAGCAAAGAAGAGCUGUGACUUAUGUGAUGAAGGGUGGAGGUCUCUUGGGUUGAAGUGCUACUUUUUCUCUACUAAUAAUCUGAACUGGAUGGCAAGUCGAGACUCCUGUGUUGAGAAAGGAGGUCACCUAGUGAUCAUAACCAACCAAGCAGAACAGGAUUUUUUAUCCUUAAAUAUUAAAGAAACUCACUGGAUGGGUCUGAAUGACCUGGAGAUGGAGGGAAAGUGGAUGUGGGUGAACGACAAGACCCUGGAUGAGACUGGUGUGAAGUUUUGGUUAGAGACGAAUCCCAGUGAGCCUGAUAACUGGAGAAAUGAGGACCCUUCUGGAGAGAACUGUGCUUGUUUGGGAAAUGAAGCUGGUUCUUUUGAUAGAUGGUUUGAUGCUUCUUGUCGUAAGGUGAAAAAGUACAUCUGUGAGAAGUAAAAAAAAAAGAUGGAGAAAUCUUGUCUGGUUGUUUAAAUGUUUAAACUUGGUUUGGUUAUUUUUUGUAACUUGCAAAGCUGAAAAAACCC